AUGUCUUCUUCCUCGUCGUCCUCUGACGGUGAGAGCGUGGAGCUGCAGGACUGGGCAGGGCAGCGAAAGAUCCGGGAUGUAGAGGCUGGUCUCGCGGACGGAGGAGAUGAUGCCAGCGGCGGCAAGCUGCCCCACCAGCAUGGCCUCGUGGUGGGCGGAGAUGAGGAAAACGGGCUGGGCGUGGUGAGCAAGUACGCCAAGGUCAACCAGCCGUGCCCGUUCUCCGUUCAUCCGCCCAAGAGCCGCUACAACCUCGAGUGGCGCAACAUCAACUACAAGGUGGUGAUCCCCCUGCCGCCCAGCAACCUCUUCGUCAAGCUCCUCCUCAAGCUCCCCAUCCCCAACACCAUCGCCAACUACUUCAAGACCAAGAAGGAGGUGCCCAUCCUCAACAACGUCUCUGGCCGCGUAGCCGCCGGCCAGGUGGUGGCCAUCAUGGGGCCGACCGGGUCGGGCAAGACCACGCUGCUCAACGUGCUCGCGCGGCGCAUCAAGCUCAACGUCACCGGCGACAUCCUCGUCAACGGCGAGCCGGUGCAGGGGCGGCAGCUCAAGCGACGCAUGGCCUACGUGCUGCAGGACGACAUCUUCUUCCCCAACCUCACAGUGCGCGACACCAUCUCGUACACGGCCUACCUCAAGCUGCCCAAGUCCCUCUCCUGGAAGGAGAAGCGCGAGCGCGUAGAGGACAUCAUCACGGAGAUGGGCAUCCAGCGGUGUUCCAACACCAUCGUGGGCGGCGGCUGGGUGCGCGGAGUGUCGGGUGGCGAGAGAAAGCGAACCAACAUCGCCAACGAACUGGUCAACAACCCCUCGCUCGUCUUCCUCGACGAGCCCACCUCGGGUCUCGAUGCCGCUACGUCGCUCGGGCUGAUCGUGACGCUGAAGAACCUGGCCAAGAGCGGCCACACCGUGGUGACCACCAUCCACCAGCCCUCCUCCUCCAUGUUCAUGAUGUUCGACAACGUGGUGCUGCUGGCCGAGGGCGGCUGGGUCGUCUACUCGGGCAGCUCCGCCGGGGUGCUGCCCUACUGCGCCCGCCUCGGCCUCCACUCGCCGCCGCGCUACAACCCGGCCGACUUCAUGCUCGAGGUCGUCACAUCGACCGAGACAAUCGCCGACGGCCGCACCGUGCGCCAGCUGCUGAUCGACACCUACGCCGAGAACGAGGCCAAGCGCGGCGAUGGCGAUGGCUCGUCAAAGGCGAAGCCGGUCCAGCUCGAUGACGAAGAGCGCGAGGCGGUGCGGGACAUGAAGAAGGGCAAGAAGUACCCGACGAGCUUCUUUGCGCAGACGUGGGUGAUGGCGGUGCGGUCGUUCAAGCAGCGGCGACACGACAUCCUCUCGUGGAUGCACCUCAUCCAGAUCGCUCUCAUCGCGCUCCUGGGCGGCCUGCUCUGGUUCCAGAUGGACAAGAAGGAGUCGGCCAUCGGCGACCGCACCGGCUUCCUCUUCUUCUCCACCAUGUUCUGGAUCAUGCACACGUGGUUCCUCUCCCUCUUUGCCUUUCCGCCAGAGCGCGCGGUGCUGACGAAGGAGCGAGCGACGGGCACGUAUCGGCUGUCGGCCUACUUCUUGGGCAAGACGCUGGCCGAGACCCCGCUCGAGCUCAUCCUCCCGAUCCUGUUCUCGUGCAUCUCCUACUGGAUGGUGGGCCUCUCCGACUACGCCGGCAACUUCUUCUUCUUCGUCCUCAUCAUGUGCCUCUUCGUCCUCAUGGGCAACAGCAUCGGCCUCUUCAUCGGCGCCACGGUGCCCGACGUCAAGAAGGCCCUCACCAUGUCCGUCAUCGUCGUGCUGGGCUCGGUGCUGCUGGGCGGCUUCUUCAUCGCGCGCGAGAACCUGCCGGUGUGGAUCGCGUGGGCGCGGUGGAUCUCGUUCAUGAAGUACGCCUACGAGCUGGUCCUCAUCAACGAGUUCGCCCUCUCGCACGACCAGACCUUCACCCCGGCCGCGACGCGCUCGGCCUACAACUCGGUGGGCGCGCCCAUCACGGGCGGCCAGGUGCUGGACCACUACGGCGUGGAGACCAACUGGUGGGGCGACAUCAUCUUUGUGGUGGGCGUCAUCCUCGUCACCCGCCUGCUCGGCUACCUCUCCCUCCGCUUCCUCAACAAGCCACGCAUGUAA